AUGAAGUACUCUUUCGCUUUCGCUGCCCUCGUUGCCGCCGUUCAGGCUCAGUCCCUCGGCGACGUCCCCUCGUGCGCCAUUCCUUGUCUCGACAAGGCUAUCGCCAGCGAGAGCAGCUGUGACAAGACCGACCUCGCCUGUGUCUGCAAGAACUUCAGCGACAUCCGAAGCGCCGCUACCUCUUGUGUCAUUGACGAGUGUGGCUCCGACGUUGCCAUCAACGAGGUUCUCCCUGCUACUGAGAAGCUCUGCAAGAACCCUCCCAAGGAGUCUGACUCUGAGCCUACCUCCACCAAGGUCGCUACCUCUGUGAAGGUCGUCACCACCACCAGCGCUGUUGAGACCACUGUCGCUGUUGAGACCACUGUCGCCGAGACCACCACUGUCCCUCCUGUUGUUCAGACCACCACCGCUGUUGUCCCUCCUGUCGUCAACACCCCCACCACUCCCGCCGUCAGCGCGACUGAGACCGAGACCGAGGGUGCCGGUAGCACUCCCGCUCCCACAAACGUCGGCGAGAACAGCGCCGCUAGUGUCAAGGGUCUCGGUGCCAUCGCCAUGGUCGCCCUUGCUGCCAUUGCUCUGUAA